AUGGAGCUUGUUGAGGCUCAAAAUCCAGCUUCAGAGACGGCAAUAGGAGAUAAUGGAUACCAAUCAGUACCUGUAACUGAAGUGACGAUGUUAGCUGAUAUAACAAACAAGCCCGAAAAUCAGCAUUACUCAAACGUACAAGAAUAUUUUAAGAUUCUGGAAUCGGCUUCAGUCAGAAAUGAAAAUCACCAUCAUAGUACCGCAUUUAUUCCCGAUUGCAUUGAUGAGAGACAUUCUCAUUCAGAGAAUAGCGAUGUCGAUUUAAGUGAUCAAGACCCAACAUACGAAGUACCAAAUACACAAAAGAAGAAAAUAUUAGUAUAUCCAAAUCAAUCAAAAUCAUCAGGGAGUUCCUCAUAUUCUUCGUCUUCCUCAUCCACAUCAUCUUCAGGAUCUUCCAAAGAUAGUUCUGAUACAGAAGAAGAACUGAACAAAAGACAAGAUAACAUAAGUCAGGGAACCGUACAAAAGCAAUUCGAGCAAACCGAGAUUGAAAGUACAACAACAGAAAUUGUGAUAAAUCAAGAAUUCAGAGAAAAUACUACACCACAAGAAGAAAAGAAGAAGGGAAGGAAACGUAAACGAAAUGAACAAAGCUGGAAACAGAACAAAGCUAAAAGUCUAAGAAAUGCUGGAAAACAAUAUAUUAGUAAGAAAAAUAAAACAAUCAAACCUCGUUCUGUUCAAUCAUCCUGUAGUGAUAAAUGUAGGCUUAAAUGCUCUGAAAAAAUAACCGCAGAACAAAGACAAACAAUUUUUGAUGCGUAUUGGAAUCUUGGUCAAGUUGAUGUUCAAAGAUCGUUUAUUAUGUCUUGUAUGACCGAUAUAACCCCAAGAUAUAAAUAUACAAACGCUCGUAAUCCAAGAAAUUGCAAUCAAGCAUUCCAUUUCUUAUUUGAAGGACAAUCGGUACGUGUUUGUAAAACUUUUUUUAUUAAAGUAUUAGAUAUUUCUGAUCGUGUUAUACGCACAGUCAAAGACAAAAUAGAUAAACAUGGAUUUCUAUCACGAGAUCGGAGAGGACAACACAUCAACCAUAAGGAUUGAUGAACAGCUAUACCACGAAUCGAAUCCCAUUAUAUCAGACAAUAUUCUACUCGUGAGUACAUUGACGGCGGGAAAACAAUUGCAGAUCUUUUCAGGGACUUUGAAGAAACUCAAAAUAAAAAUAAAAAAGCGGCCGUAAAAGGUCAUACCCAAAACGAGGGUGAUAAUAUUCAAAGCCUCAUAGAGGAGGAGAUAGCAAAAAAUCUAAAAUCCGGUCCAAUAUAUUCACCUCACCAAUAUGUAGCUGUAAUUAAAAACGCAAAGAAAUCUGGCAAGAAAUUCUCAGUACAUGAACUGACAUUCGAGUCGUUUUUGGACUUGAAAAAACUACAAGAAGAUUGGGGUAUUAACUUUAAUAAAACAAAAGAGGGGACAACUGUUUUAUGGAAUGACAUAAAGGCGAUAAGAGUGACCAGAGAUACACCUUUCUCAUUUUUCGUUAAGACCUCUUACAAAGAUAGUGGAUACCAGGAAGUGAGCGUCAGAAAUAAAAGGAAGAAAAUGCUUCCUGUGUGUGAUAUUAUACCAACUAAUGUAUACACUCAAAGGCAAGAGCUAAGUGAGAAUAAAAAGAAAGAUCUUAGGGAAUUAUUGUCAAAAAAAAUUAUACCAAAUUUUUAUUCCGACUUUUAUAACUCUAUUCUUUAA